UAGUAAACGCCUUUCUUGUCCGCGGGCUAAUUCCUCUCUAACUCCCCUCUUCUCCCUCGCUUUUUCCCUUUUUUUUCCAUAACUAUCCCUUGAAAUCCACCAUAUUUGCACCUAUGCACCUCCCCAAACUAGGCUUUUCUCCGCCACCGACCCCGAGCUCGCAUUUGCGAUCUUCGUGACCGGUCGGUCUGUGCAUUCGGAAUCUGCGGCGGCGAUGGGUAAGGUGGCGGUGACGGCCGCGGUUAUAUGCGCUGCGGCGGCGUGCGCGGCCGCGGCGCUGGUGGUUCGCCACCGCAUGCGGAGCAAGGGCCGGUGGGCGCGGGCAAUGGCGAUUGUGAAGGAGUUUGAGGAGAAGUGCAGAACGCCGAUUGCGAAGCUCAAGCAAAUCGCCGACGCCAUGACCGUUGAAAUGCACGCGGGUCUUGCCUCCGAAGGUGGCAGUAAGCUCAAGAUGCUCAUCAGCUAUGUCGACAAUCUUCCCACGGGUGAUGAACAUGGUUUGUUUUAUGCACUGGACCUUGGUGGAACAAACUUCCGAGUGUUGCGGGUGCAGUUGGGUGGGAAGUCUGGCCGCAUUAUUAAGCAAGAAUUUGUUGAAGUGUCAAUUCCUUCUCAUUUGAUGGUUGGUACUUCAGAUGCACUUUUUAACUAUAUUGCAGCGGAACUUGCAAAAUUUGUUCGUGAAGAAGGUCAAGAUUUCCAUCUUCCUCUUGGUAGGCAGAGGGAACUAGGUUUUACCUUCUCGUUCCCCGUGAUGCAAACAUCAAUUGCUUCGGGGACUCUUAUUAAGUGGACAAAAGGCUUCUCUAUAGAUGAUGCGGUUGGCCAAGAUGUGGUGGCGGGACUUACAAGAGCCAUGGAAAGACAAGGCCUUGAAAUGCGUGUAUCAGCUCUGGUCAACGAUACAAUUGGGACAUUAGCUGGAGGUAGAUACUUAAACGAGGAUGUUGUUGCUGCUGUGAUCUUGGGUACUGGAUCAAAUGCGGCAUAUGUUGAACGUGCGCAUGCAAUACCAAAAUGGCAUGGUCCUUCAUCUAAGUCAGGGGAAAUGGUAAUCAACAUGGAGUGGGGUAACUUCAAGUCUUCACAUCUUCCACUAACAGAGUAUGACCGUGCAAUGGAUGCUGAGAGCUUAAACCCUGGUGAACAGAUUUUUGAGAAGUCAAUUUCUGGUUUGUAUUUGGGAGAAAUUGUUCGCAGAGUUUUAUGUAGAAUGGCUGAAGAAGCUGCCUUUUUCGGUGACAUAGUUCCACCAAAAUUGAAAAUUCCUUUCAUAUUAAGGACACCUGAAAUGUCAGCAAUGCAUCAUGACACAUCUCCCGAUCUGCGAGUGGUAGGAGCUAAACUGAAGGAUAUAUUAGAGAUAUGUAAUACCUCCCUCCGAACAAGGAAAUUCAUUGUUGAGCUUUGCAAUAUUGUUGCCUCACGUGGGGCUCGUCUUUCGGCUGCUGGGAUCUUUGGCAUCCUGAAGAAAAUGGGAAGAGACACGGUGAAGGAUGGGGAGAAACGGAGGACAGUAAUUGCGAUGGAUGGUGGAUUGUAUGAGCACUACACUGAAUUCAGCAAUUGCUUAGAGAACACUUUGAGAGAAUUGCUUGGGGAGGAACUCUUGGAUAGUGUUCUCGUCGAGCAUUCCAAUGAUGGCUCAGGGAUUGGAGCUGCCCUUCUUGCUGCUUCUCACUCCCAGUACCUCUAGGAAUCCUGAGAGUGGUUGGCUGUGGAGGUCACGCAAAGUAAAGUUCCACCAUUUUUGCAUUCUUUCCCAUGUUCCUUUUUCCAUAAACUACUUUUUGUAAUUCAUUUUCACUCUCCUCCAUUUUUUCAUUAAAUCCCCCCCCCCCCCCAAUUUUUUGUAUCGUAGGAUACUGUUUCUAGCGAAUGUGAAUCUUAAUUUUAUGACUGCAAAAUUUGCGUAAGAAAGAUUAAAUUUAUAAAUGGAGUACCUGGAAGCAGUAAGGCUAUUUGCUUCGACC